UACCAGAGCAUGACUAAUAGGUCUUCAACACCUCUUAUCCCAUGUUAAAUCGAGGUUACAAGUGAUUUUGUGAAUAAAAGUAAUUCUUAAAAACAGUCACUAGAGGGCAGUGUGAAUAUUGUAGGUGAAGGGCGGGCCCCACUACACAGAAAGUCGUGAUUAUACACUAUCCUCGAGGUCUUUAUGUGUAAUUGUGUCACAGAAUGGAUUGAAGGUGACAUUUACACAUCCAAAUAAACACAUGUAUUAGUCAUAGUGGGUUGCAGGUUUUUAUUUGGGUGUAAAAAUGUCACCUUCAAUCUAAUAUGUGACACAGUUACAUACAAAAACAUUAAUUUCCACAUCUUGUCCCCCACACAGUGUUGUCUCUGUUAUGCCUUUCAUUUGGUAUGGUCUAAAAUCCUGAUACCAUGGUCUGGGAGGGACAAAUGAGCUGCUGGGGUUUUACUAUUACUGUUUAUUACACUCCCUGCACUGUUUACAGUUUAUUUAAGUACAUCCUGACCUCAGUGGAAGUUAGGGAUAUGGAAUAUUUAAGAGCAAAACUGAAACCAUGGGGUCUCUGGUGGUUUAGGAGUUAAAUGAUACUGGCCAUCAGUUUCAAUGUCCCUGGUUCAGUCUGGCUGGGCACUUUUGCUGCACAUCAUUCUUCUGUUCCCCUGCCGAUAUCUGGACAGUGACUUUACAUUUUACUGAAUCUUUUGCCAGCUAACUGUUCUACAUAAACAUUCUUUUAUAUAUUUAUAUAUGGCUGUAUGAUCAUAUUUACAUGACAGACACAUCCAGCUUCUGCAGUUAAAAUAACUCAAUUCAGAAUUUGUAACACUUUGAUAUAAAAGUAUAAUUUAGACACUGAUUUAUGACUGUAAUAGUUACCUAGCUGACCAGAGUGAAGUUUUAUCCUGAAAUUAAUGUUUUAAGUUUUCGUGGUUUAAAAUAUUAAUACACAUGUUAAUACACAACUUGCCUCUCAGUUAAAAUAACCUUGGUGUAUUACAUCUGCACCCUGGCAUUAAAAUAGCUGAUGUCAUUACUCCACAUGGAAAAUGUGACAUGGGUUCAUGAGUGGAAAACAAGUUACUGUAUUUCUAGGUUGUUGAGUUAGGUUUAGAGUUAAGCGCUGAGAAAGGAAACAGUCCUUUCCAGGGGCAUGGGUUUCAUUUCAUCAUUGGAACAGGGUGUUGGGGGUGUCAAACACUUAAUUUUCUGCAUUUUAGUGAUUUUUGUAUGCACCAGUUUGUGCCUUCUCUGCGUCAAUUUAUGGUGUAAAUGUCUUUAAUUUUGAUCCAAAGAAGUCCUCUAACUAUUGGGGGUUCUAAAUAUUGAGGUGGGUGUUUCCCUUGUGUCCCCCCUGCUAUCUACGCCUAUGGUUCUUUGAAUACUUUUCGAGAGAAAAUAGAAAUUGUGUGGAUUAGGCCAGUUAAUUAAACAAUUACAGUCAUAAAUCAACAUUGAAUGAUAUGAAUAAUUCCCUUAUCUGCCACUAAAACCAGUGUAAAUGAUAGAUUUAUAUCAAAGUGUUUCAAACUGGGAAUUGAGUUGCUGGAUUUGAAUAUCAAAUAUUCAAAAACAGUUCCCAUGAAACUCCCUACACGCGCCUUCAGGGGUAUUAGUAGUAUAAUUAAGAUACAUAGAGAUUGGUGCUUGUGGGUGUGUGCCUGUGUCUUAUUUUAUGGUUUCUGAGCAAGUCUUACAGCUAAUUAUCAAGAUAUCUAACAAUCCUCUCAGGACUAUUUAGUACAGUUUCCUCUAGUAUUGGUGAGACAUCUCAUUUUGAAUUACAGAAUUUCAGAGCAUCUUUUCCGCAUAUAAAAUAAAUUAUUAAUUUGUUACAUAACCAAUAGAACAUUUUGUUCAUUUCAGCUGUUUCCUUUGCAGUCAACUCGUAUGCAUAUACUUGUCAUAGGCUUGGAUGCAGGGAUGAAACAGAUGUUAGUGUGGUCACUUUAUUCCUCCCUCUCUCUUCCCCUUCUUAUUUUAUCACCAUCUUUUUCUCAUGGUUUUCCUCUUGGAGGGGAGGGGGCAGAGAAAGGCAAGGUUCUGUUGUCAGAUCUGUCAGUCUAGCCAGCCUGGCCCCUCCCACCUCAGUGGAGGCAUUACAUACUGCUGCUGCUCGUGCUCUUAGCAACGGUGCCUCAGCAACAGAGCCACGGCAACAGAGCUCCACGGCAACAGCGUGCCGUGUCUCCCCAAUGGAGCUGCCAUUGGGCGGACCAGCGCUCAGGCACUACACCCAGAGCAGACCGAGACCUCACCGACAAAAACUGAACUAUCGUCCCAGCAGACCACAGGAGACAAUAAUUGAGAGUGACAAUGAAGUCCUUGAGCUCAUGGGGAGAGUGGAUGAAGGAGUUGAAGAGUUCUUUACUAAGAGAGUACUUCCUACUGAUACACUGAAAAAGCAAGAUGAGGAAUCUAUCACAGUGCACGAAGUGGCUCCUGCCAGCUCUGUCCCUUGUCCACCCCCGACGAAAACACUCAGGAGGAAGCUUGGUGACUUCUUUACACUCAAAAAGAGACGAGGUCUGAAAUCAGAAACAAGCCACGAGGGGCGACCCAAAAAGGCCUCUAUCGCUGAUCUCAUUCGUCCGCUCAGGGAGGUUGCCAGAGCGGAGAAAGAAAAAGAUAAGGACCGAGUCAAGGAGCACGACAAGGAAAAUGAAAAGGAGAAAGCGAAAGAACAUCCCGGUGCUGUUACUGGAGAGUCAGCUGUUCAGGAGACACCUGGCGCGCCGCUGAGGGGUGAAGCAGUGCCUCCCCGCCGAGCUCUCAGAGAGGGGAAGUCCCAGUCUCUCAUUUUGCUGUCAGGAUCAGCAGCAGCAGGGACUACCAAUGCCCGAAACACUUCAAAGAAACAAUUCGAAGGCCAACAUAGCUUUGAACAGAAACUCCAUCUCAUGCUUCAACGUAUUGGAGUUUCUAAAGCCCAGCCUGGAGAGACACAGAAUCCGGAGGGAGAGAUGAAAAAAGCAGAAUCUGAAGGUACUAUCAUUGACAGUAAACCUGAGCCACCGCCUACUUUCACAAAACCUCGAACGAUGUCUGCAUCAUCAGACACAAGGCAUCAAAUCCGCCCAAGUGUGUCAGCACACGAGUCAGCUGGGAAACCUGCUUUGCUUCCAAAGCCCGUUCUCAAGCCAGGUCCACCCCCCACAACAUCUGGCCGCAACACACCUGAGAACGAGCUAGCCCAAAUACAAGAAGGGGAGACAAACACGCCCACUAAACUGAGUCCAACUGCAGCUCCACCUACUCCUGCACUCACUACAACCACCGCUUCUACUGUACCGACAAUCUCAAACUCAGUCCCUGACUCAGCUGAUUUUACAAGUACUGUACCUCCCUCUGACACAGAUAUAUGCACUGACUCUGUUAACCCCACUGCAGCAGCUACAACACCCACGAAUGUUACAGAGCCUGACAGCAAACCCUCUAUCGCUGAAGCUAAUGUUACUACCACUGAACCACCCACCUCAACCUUAACAUCAAGCACCACUACACCCACAGAGCCCCCCACCUCUGUCUUAGUUACUUCCACUUCCUCUGAGUCCAUCACUCCAAGCCUCUCUGUCACAUCAAACUCAACAACAGUAACUACGCCUUCCAUUACCACCUCGGAAACAGUUUCUGCUCCCGGCAAUGAAAGCUCUGUUUCCACAACAUCAACAAACCUGUCAACUAAAUUGACUCUCUCAGAGCCAAAUGGUGUUCUCUCAGUCGAUGCUGCUCCUGCUGCUGGUGGUGGUGCAGCUAUUUCUGUCAUCACCACCGCUUCUUCACCCUCCACCAGCAUAUCAGAUAUGCCGCCAGGCUCGUCUGCUGCCACCACUUCAGUUGCCGAAGCUUGUGAUGAUUCCACUUCAGUCACUUCCACUAGCUCUGCAACUGUAGUUUCAUCAGUCACUCAAACAACAUCUCCACCUCCUAACACAAGUGAUAUCGUUACAACUGCAGUUUCACCUGUUGCCUCCAUCACCACUGCCUCCACCCUGAUCUCUUCUACCCUCCCUCCCACCAUCUCCACCUCUCCCACCACCACUACAAGCCCAACAUCCACUGACUGCAUCUCCACGUCCACCAUUACUCACCUAGCCACCCCUGGCCCUGCUGAUAUAUCUGUUCCCUCCACCUCCUCCAGUGAAACAAACCACACAGACACCCCUUCCACCGCCACCAGUUUAAACCGUGCAGAUACCAUGUCCACCGCCAGUUCAGCCACCACAGCUGCAAUUUGCUCGCCACUCAUGACUGACUCAGACCCACCUUACACUAACAACGUCAGCACUACCCUCACAUCAACUAUUGAUAACUCAAGUGCUACUUCUCACCAUUUGACCAGUCCAGCCCCCCCUAAUGAUAGUUCAGGCCAAGAUAAUGAUGUGCAGGCAUCUCCUGAAGAAAGACCCAGUGUAGAGCCUACAGAAAGGGGCACUGCAGAUGACAAGCUUGAGAUGGUUCAUAAGAGCAAGCAAAUUGAGGUGGAUGAGAGCAAGAAAGUCGUCGACGGUGGGAAGGAGAGCGAGAGUGAAAAUGAGAAACCGGCUCUCACUUCUAACAGUGAAGUGAUAAUGACAGAAGUGAAACCCGAAGAAGACACAGUGAAAGCAGAGGUGGGAAUGCCUGAACCUGCAUCAGGGAAAGAUGGUGAUCUGCAUAGCAACAAGGAGACGACAGAGGGUCAAAAACAAGAAGAAACAAAGUCAAAGGGUGAGAAGUAAUUCAAAAAUAGAUAAAUGUCUAAAACAUGGGACCAACUACUGUGACGGGGGCAGGAGAGACCACAGUAAAGGGUAAAAGGGGGGGAGACGAUCCAUGGCACUUCCUCCAGGGACCACCACAUUACAGCAGCACACCACAAAGGGUGGGCCACUGGACCAAAGAACUGAGAUCCCCUUGGUGUGAUGUAAUCAACAAAUCCAGCAGUGUCUUUGUCCUUUUUUAACUUAUGUUUGAAUUUUUGCAUUGCACGUAUGAUUAUGUACCAUAAGACAACUACUGUGGUAAAAUACACCAUGUUUACAAUAGAUGGAUAAGAGACAUAGUUAUGACUAUU